UUUAAACCCCUACAACAAAACUUAAUUACAUGCUAGUACAAAUACAGUUUGCACACAAGGACGGUUAAGCUAUUAUUUAGUUCUACAGGGGGUUAUGCUAAAAGAAACAAAAAGGAAUGGCUUAUCGGAUUCGGAGCCGAGAAACACGGGUAAAAAAACCGAAACCCGAGAGAAACGGUGUUAAAACGGGUCGUCGUCGUCGGCCAAUUCGGAUCCGAGAGCAAAGAGCCCAAGCCAAUGGAAUCGGAUCCGGGUCCAGCUUCGUUCGUCGUCUGAGAUCACCGGAGCGGGCCCGAAUCCGAUAAGCAUGGCGACGGCGGUGAAGAGGAAGCCGGUGAUACUAAAGGAGGCGAGGAGAGGGACGAGGUGUGCUGAGGUGGCGGGAGGGACGGCGGCGGAGUGCGCGGCGGUGUGUUGUUGCUGUCCUUGUGGGUUGGUUGAUCUCUUGGUGCUCGCCGUGGUGAGGUUGCCGUGUGGUCUUUGCCGGCGAGCGAUGAGGAGGAGGAGGAGGAGGAGGUUGGCGGCGCUGAUGAAUGGGAAGAAGAAGCCCGGAGUGUUGCUGGCGGCGGCGGUGAAGGGGAAGGGAGGAGGAGGUGAUGAAGUGGAAGUGGUGGUGAUCCCGAGGCAGGGUGGGGUGGUGAUCCCGAGGCAAGAGGAUGAGAAAGAAGGGGAGAAGAAGGAUAAUGAGAUGGUGGAGAUGGAGAAGGAGAUGUGGUUGAAGUUCUACAGCACUGGAUUCUGGAGAAGUCCUUCUCAAAGAGAAGAGAGGUAAGUGUGGGAUUAUUUUAUUAAUAUUUGUUUUUCCAGGGGGGUUUCUUGAAAAAAAAUUUCAUGUUAUUUCUCAGGUAUAUAUAUAUAUAUAUUUUUUUUAUUUGUGUAAAUGUUGUAAUUUUA